GUUAUGUGGUUGUCCAUUUUAACUAUUUUUUAAAGAAAACUCUUUUAUGCUCUCAAUUGAGCGGCUCCUCUCCAACGCCAAAGAUCCCUCUCCUUCAAGGUUUCAUGAUGAACUUGAUUCACUCCAAUUGCAUAAACAGAUCUCAAAUCUCAUCUUCACCAGUCUCUAUCCAUGGCGUCCCACUGCCACGAAGAAACAAGAAGAAACACUCAGCGGUCAGAGUUUCUAAUUUUGCCGCCUCAUCAACUGAAGUUGUCGCUGAUAAUGGAAGGCGGAGUUUAACGGCUCCCGUCGACUCCAAGAGCAGGGCGUUAACUUCGGGGAUGUCUAGCAGUGCUCUGGAACAACUUGAUAUUGAACGCGGUGUUUGCAUCCCUUUUCGCAAGUACUCCCCUGAGACAGUCAGAAAUAAGGUACUGGAAUCUCGAGGGGCGGUUGCAUCACUAAUUUUACGUGGUGUGAAGAUUGUGUGGAAAUUGGGGCUGUAUUGGUCUUCUUUGAUGUACGAUUGUCUGGUCGGGAGGGAUAAAGAGGUCGUUCCAUUUCGAGCUCGCCAACUCAGGAAUCUAUUAUGUGACCUGGGACCAUCUUUUAUCAAAGCUGGCCAGGUUCUUGCUAACAGACCUGAUAUUAUCAGAGAAGAUUAUAUGAACGAACUGUGCAUUCUUCAAGAUGAUGUUCCUCCUUUCCCCAAUCAGGUUGCUUUUAAGAUCAUUGAGGAAGAAUUGGGCCAACCCCUUGAAGCUUUAUUUAGCAAAAUUUCGUCGCGAACAAUAGCAGCUGCAAGCUUGGGUCAGGUUUAUCGUGCAACACUUCGUUCUUCGGGUGAAGAUGUUGCAAUUAAGGUCCUGAGGCCUCAGAUAGAACCUAUAAUCUAUCGUGAUCUUUUUCUAUUCCGAACACUUGCCUCCUUCUUAAAUGGAAUUAGUAUACAAAAACUGGGCUGCAAUGCUGAACUAAUAGUUGAUGAAUUCGGUGAAAAACUUUUGGAGGAGCUUGAUUAUACCUUGGAAGCCAGGAACAUUGAAGACUUCCUUGAGAACUUCAAAGGUGAUCCUACUGUCAAAAUUCCUCUGGUUUACAAAAAUCUUUCUGGGUCACGUGUUUUGGUGAUGGAAUGGAUAGAUGGCAUUCGAUGCACUGACCCACAGGCUAUUAAGAAUGCUGGAAUUGAUGUAAAUGGAUUUCUAACUGUUGGAGUAAGUGCUGCUCUUCGCCAGUUGCUUGAAUUUGGGUUAUUUCAUGGAGAUCCCCACCCUGGAAAUAUAUUUGCCAUGCGAGAUGGGCGUAUUGCUUAUGUGGACUUUGGGAAUGUGGCUGUACUUAGUCAGCAAAAUAAGCAGAUACUAAUUGAUGCUGUUGUCCAUGCUGUAAAUGAGGACUAUGCUGAGAUGGCCAAUGAUUUUACCAGGCUUGGUUUCUUGGCUAGUGGAACUGAUGUCUCUCCUAUUAUUCCGGCUUUAGAAGCCAUCUGGCAGAAUUCUGCUGGAAAAGGGCUCUCUGAUUUUAAUUUCCGAAGUGUUACUGGGCAAUUCAAUAAACUGGUUUAUAAUUAUCCCAUUCGGAUUCCAGAGAGGUUUUCCCUUGUUAUUCGUUCUUUGUUGACUCAAGAGGGCAUCUGUUUUACACUCAAGCCAGAUUUCAAAUUUCUUGAGGUUGCUUAUCCAUAUGUGGCAAAGCGCUUGCUGACAGAUCCUAAUCCAGCUCUUCGUGAACGCCUCAUACAGGUUCUUUUUAAAGAUGGUGUUUUCCAGUGGAAACGGCUUGAAAAUCUUAUUGUUCUUGCAAAGGAAAAUGUGGCCAAAAUGAGUAGUAACCCUGCAAUUCAAGUGAAGAACGGGCCAAUUUCAAGAAGCUGGCAAACAGUAAGUAAAUUGGACUUGACAGACACCAUUAAAGAUGGAGCUCGACUUGUCCUCUUUGAUGAAGGUAUUCGUAGACAGCUUCUGCUUGCUCUUACUGAAGACUCUAAGCUCCAUGUUGAAGAGCUGGUGGAUGUCUAUAAACUGGUUGAAGAUGACAUAAACAUACCAGCGGUGGCUAUGGAAGUUGUACAAGAUUUUCCAAAUGUGGUUCGGGAUUUCUUGCUUUCCUGGAGCAACUCGGUUCUAUCUGAUAGAUGAUACAAAAUUUUGGUGUAAACAUUUAUUUUGUAUAGAUGAGUUCCACAUGGUGGGAGCAAAGAGCAGUAGGUUUAUUUUGAAACUGCUAAAAGUGUAUAUGGAUGUUGUACCUUGUAGGGGAAAGAGUUGUAUAUAAUAUAUAUAUCCAUUGUUUUUUUUCCCGGUA